AUGUCCACCUCCGCCUCGGCGCUGGCGCAGACCCUGGCGCAGCACGGCGACGAGGACAUCGCGCAGGCUGUCCAGCUCUUCAUCUCGCUGCGGCCGGAUUUUCGCGAGCUCCUGGCGAAGGUGAUCGAGGAGGAGCCGAUCCCAAGGUACAAUGGAACGGUGGUGAGCUUUAACCGCGAGAAGGGCUUCGGGUUUCUGCAGAGCGACCAGGUCACCGCCGAGUUCGGAAAGGACGCCUUCUGCUCGUCAAACGAGAUCGGUGAUUUCAGGGUUGGCAGCGAGGUCACGUUCACGGUGAUCGUGAACAAGAACAACCAGCCGCAGGCGAGGCUGCUGCAGGGGCCGGACGGCUCCGUGCCGCAGGAGGAGAGAGGCGUGGAAGUGGGGGACGACGAGGAGAGAAGGCUCUACUGCGGCCAGGUGGGUGUCAGUACGGCCCAGUGGGUUUGA